UGUAACCAUGCUGCCUGCGCGGUCCAUCGUUGAAGUGGCCGUCUUGGGCGCAGCAUUCGCCCUUGCCUGGACUUCCGUGCGCAGUCAGAGUAAAUCGAACAAGGUAAACCAGCACGCGCCGAAGAAACCCCUGCCGGCGCACACCCAACGCGUACAGUCGGACCUCACGGAAGCACAACUCGUGUCGGAGAGCUUCACCCUGGCACGCCGACCGUCCGAUGGCAGCACCGACGAUAUCCUCGUCAUUGGGGUAUGUGGUGGCUCUGGGUCUGGGAAGACGACGUUGUCCAAGGCGAUCAUUGACGACAUCGGAGACAACGCUGUUUCCUACCUGUCACACGAUUUUUACUACAAGGACCUGUCGCACCUGUCGAUGGAACAACGCGCGGAGCACAACUUUGACCACCCCGAUGCGUUGGACACGGCGUUGUUGGUGUCUCAUCUCGCCAAGCUCAAGCAUGGCAUUGCGUGCGACAUCCCCAUGUACGAUUUCUCGACGCACUCACGAUUGGCGACCACACAGCACAUGACUCCAAAGUCUGUGAUCCUCAUCGAAGGCAUCCUUCUCUUUACAGACCCCGAACUCGUCAAACUCAUGGACAUUAAGGUGUUUGUCGAGACGCCGUCGGACGUGCGGUUCAUCCGGCGACUGAAGCGAGACAUCCGCGAGCGUGGACGCACCGCCGAGUCUGUCAUCGAACAGUACAUGACGACAGUGCGUCCCAUGCAUCUUCUCUUCGUGGAACCAAGCAAGCGCGUCGCAGACAUCCUCGUGCCCGUGGGCGUAAACGCCGUCGCUCUCGAGCUCAUCUUGUCGCGGUUGAGAAGCUUUAUGAAUAAGUCUGCAUAAUCCAACCAUUCGCGAGAGACUCCUUUGGCGUUGACAAUGCACUCCACCCGCCUGAGUAGAGAAGACUGCUUGUCAAACGUUCACCGUUGCAGCGGACGCGGCGCCACGUCGAGCUGGCAUCGGAUCGUGCAUUUGCCACACG